UAAAUGAAUUGUACAGUGUGCGUUCAGUAUGCGUGACGACUGCUCGGUACGUAUUGAUGGGCGAUCAGUAGAUUCGGGUAAUUUAACACUGAGGCUGCUAAAAUUGAGAUAUCAUGUCCGCCUUUGAUUAACGCCGCUAGUUACAUCUUAUUUCCGAAAAGGAAACGAAUGGUUAGAAGAAAACGAGGUGAGCUGUCUCCUUCAUGGGCUUGAUCUCGGUGGAGUAGACGCUUAUUUCACCCAGCACCGCAAUAAUAGCUGUACACUGUAGCCGGACUGAAGAAAAACAUCUGCCCCUCCAUGAUAAAUCAUUAAUUUAACUGUCUUGAUUCGAUUUUCCGACGAAUUUCUGCAAAAGACGUCGUUAAUUAUUUAUACAAAACGGUUUGGAGAUAUAAGUGUUUAAUCUAAGUCGAGGAUGUACCAAUUAAGGCCGUAAUGAUUGCUGCGUUUUGAUUGGUUGUGAGGCGCAAAGCAGGUGACGUGAACAUGACGGCACGCGCGCUGUUACGGUAGCUUGGAUUCCGGUAUACCACGUGACCGAAGCAUAAGAUCGGCAAAGGUCUGAUAUACCGUGACCACAAACAGAAAACGGACCAAAAGGAACCGAAGCUCGCAGCAGUAGCUCCUCUCAGAGUUGGCGGAGAUUGCACUUGGAAAAGGUGAACAAGAAAAAUUGAAAAACCUUUACUGAAAUUCGGGCUGCCGUCAAAGAAACCAUGCCACAUACUGGUCAAACUGGGGUCAAUCAGCUUGGAGGGGUCUUUGUCAAUGGACGGCCGCUUCCGGAGCAUGUCAGACGCCGAAUCGUGGAGCUUGCUCACAUGGGAGUUAGACCAUGUGACAUUUCCCGCCAACUUUUAGUAUCACAUGGUUGCGUCAGCAAGAUUCUCACGAGAUAUUACGAGACCGGAUCCAUUAAACCAGGGUCUAUUGGCGGAAGCAAACCGAAGCAAGUUGCCACGCCUUACAUUAUCAAACGUAUACUGGACUUCAAACGACAACAUCCGGGCAGUUUUGCUUGGGAAAUCCGAGAUCAACUCCUGACUCUCGGAAUCUGUGACGAGCAGACUAUCCCGAGUGUCAGUUCUAUAAAUAGAAUCCUCAGAAAUUCUGGUACAUUUUCCUUCGGAUACAAUGCAGAGGAACUCAUGGGAUAUCAGUCUAUCUAUGGUCGCUAUCAAGGAAUUCCGGGCAUGUUGGGGUCAGCCUGUCCAGAAACAAAUGGCUUCUCAUUGGGUGUUCCUGGCCUGUCGUACCCAAGACUCGUGGAACAGAUUAAUGAUACCAAAGGGGAUCCGAAGGAAGAUGGGGAUGGUGAAGAGACCAUGGAACAAAAAGAAUCAUCAAAACAGACCUCAAAGCCAAAGGACAAGAAUGAUGAUGACGAAUUCAGAAUUGAGGAAAGGUUUCCUAGCUUGGCUGGAAAAAUUAGAAAUACAAAUACAUCAAAGACAACAGAAAAUACAGAGUGUUCCUCAAGAGCGUCCAAUAAAUAUAAUGCUCCCAAACCAGACAGUUAUGAAACAGAUAGCCCAGGAGAAAUACCCGUCGAAGGCACCAAGUCUAGUGUGAAUUUGAUAGAAAAUAGAAGCUGUUAUGAUACGUACUUCUCCAAAUGUUUAACAUCUAUGAGUACAAAAGCCACAAGAGAUAUGUCACCAAGCGGACUGUACUCGCUCUAUCACCCCUAUUCUAGGUAUAGCGCGUCGUCACGUGGUUCUGACGUCACACCUUACGUCAUUCCUAGAUUGUAUAUGUUUCCAGAGAACUUCUCAUCGCCUACACAUUCCUGUUUGUCACAUAAUGAGUCGGGAAUGUCGUCCAGCGGCAGAGGUUACGAUCAACAUGUGUUUAAACGCAGCUCUCUAAAUUUAAAAUGAACAUGUCCUUUUUUUUUUUAAAUGUUCUGCAUUGUAAAUUAUUUCUGUGAUGAAAAAGUUUUAACAGGUUAUCAAAGUAGUAUACUUUUGUGUCUACUAGAAUAUGUUAGAAUAAAACAUUUUAAAAGAGGAGUAUGAAGAUUUAUAAUCUGCUAACUAUCCAAAUAAG